CUUGAAAAUCGGAUUCAAGAAGGCCGCUACUCGCGACAACUAGUCGUAUUCUUGCUUUCCUUUCUGCAGACCAUGUGACCACAUUCUGGAUCUGGCGCCGGGAUCCGUCCGGUCUCUGGAAGUGCCAUGAUGGAGCGAGCUGCCACCACUGUAAGAAAUGGAUGAUGCCGGUGGGUUCCUUGCUUUUGCUCUACCUUGCCUCGUUCAAUUUGACGGUGCUCGCAUGCGCCCCACGGCUUGAUUGGCCACACCGAGGUCUUGAUCUGCUUUGCUUUGCGGAGAAUGCCGACAAGGUCAUGUUCAAAGCAUCGCAUUUGCUACAUCAAACGCACAUUCACCGCCAUUUAUUGUAACAGUACUCAUUGAACACAACAUCAAUAUCACACAUACUUUUCAGAACACAAUAAUCAAUCUCAAAAUGGCAGACACCACGCUGGACAGCAACCUGAUCGGCAGGAUGCUCCACGUGAAUUGCAACCAACACCACUGCGGCGACAAACAUAGCCAACCACGACCGCAACCACCGUCAAUAUCCAACCCGAUCAACGGCAACGUCCCAGCUCCAGAGUAUCUACACUGCGGAUUCUGGCCACGGCCACUGACCCCAGCCGACGUGGACGAAGAGAGCCACGACCCGCGCGGCCUUCAUGACCACCACAAUCUAGGCAUGGGAAGAAGUCGACCCACAACCUCGACUACAUCUUUAAGACCGGAUGUGCCAGUGCCAGUGCCCAACAAUACUGCUGCUGGUUCUCUUGAGCCGCGAUCAUCAGAAGUCGACGAGGAUGAUUUUGAUGAUUCUGACGACGAAGAUGACCACGAAAUUAUACACAAACCCGUCGAUGAACAUCACUCUGUUGUGACGGAUCAGUUCUCCAAGGCUGUGGAUUCGUGGCGAUCGCUUCUGCGGGAGGAACGGGAGGGGGACUCGGGAUUACCAGCAGCAACAACAACAACUAAAAAGCCAUAUUCGAUCAUGCGACUGUUUGCCAGACAGACUGCCAACGAUAGCAAAAACGAGGAGUCGAAGGGAUCAGAAUGCGGCGGCGCAACUACCGAGUCCGCCAGGCAAAGUCUUUUCGAUCAGGAAAUUGCCGCCGAGUGUCGCGCUCGCAGCGAGAUCAUGGAGUAUAUUGAUGCCUUGGUCGACAAGGGUGACUACGAGGACGCUUAUGCUUGUAUUUGGCCGCUGGAGGAGUAUCGUCGCAACGGGUGGGCCGAGGAAAUGAUUUUUGCGUUUCCAAAGGAGUGUUGGGAGUUUGUGGAUAUGGUGCGUGCUAGGGAGCAGCAGGCGAAGUAGGAAAACAAAAGGGGAGAAUACGGGAAUGGGACUGUAAUUGUCCUGCGGAGCGUAGCGGAGUAAGUUUAUAUGUACAUUACAAGCCGCCUACCUUAAGUGCUAGGAAUGUAAUUCGUAAUUAAUAAUACUGUGCCUUUUGUUCAAUGCGAAAGGAAAUAUAGAGUUGAACCUUCGUCAGCACUUCCAGUAUUAGGGCCGACUGAAUUGAAGUCGACAUUGACCCAGACAGAUCUGGUGGUGCCCCUCCUUGGGUUCAGGUUUUUGUCCAUGAUACGCCCCGUCACACCCGUCCAAAAAGACCCAGCCUCGCCGGUGUACCAGUAACACUGGCAAAAGCAAUAGAGGUCAGGCUGGUUUUCUGUCUUCUGAGCACCUCGAACUGCACUGGCAGUGGUUCAGUAGUACCAUUGUACAAUAAAAUAAAGUCGCUGUGCUGAGCGCCCAGUGGCCGGAUU